GUGAGAUUCGGGGACGGAACCAGGGCGCUGUUUCCCCAUUGGUUGCUGUCUGCCCCGCGUGGUUGCUAGGAGACAAGUGUAAACAGAGCGGAAAGCUGCCGGAGGCGGCAUGGCAACGAACUACAAAGCGGGGCAGUAUGAGGAUGCCUUCAUUGCACAGAAUUUGCAAAACUGGACCCUGCCCAAGCUCUACAAGGAGCACCCCUCUGCCCGGGAAGGCUACACCCAAUUUAUAGCCAAUGACCGAGGACACCUGCUCCCCACAGUGCCACGUUCAAAGGCUUCCCCCUGGGGCACAUUUAUGGGAACCUGGGAGAUGCCACUGAAGAUUCCCCCAGCCAAACUGAACCUGACCUCCCGCUCGGCUGCCGCAGCCUCGCACCUCACGGACUGGAUCCACAAGUCCACUGCACUGACCAGCGCCUGCAACGGCCUCCGCCCGCAGAUCACUGGCAAGCCUCGAGAGCCUGAAUCACACACGCAGCCCACAAAGGAGCUUUCCAGUAAGAACAGCCGAGCAUCUAGCAGAGGCUCCCAGGGCCCCAGGUCCUCAGCCAAAAUGCCCCCUGAAGAAGAGGCUUAUCACAAAGGAUCCACCCCCUCCAAGGUCCCACUAUCACGCCAGCCUGGCUGCAUGGAUGUUCGAAUCAAAGGAGCUACCUCCCAAGAGAUCUCAGGUUCGCGCAAGCCAGGAUCAAAGGAGGCUUGGCACAGAGGAAGCAUAUCAUCUGAGGUCCCAUUGUCACGCCAACCCGGCUGCAUGGAUGUUCGAAUCAAAGAGAUCUCCUCACCCAAAGUCCCAGCUUCCAACCGACCUCCUUCAAGGGAAGCUAAUCCCAGGCGAGCCAUCUCCGCCGAAGUCCCAGCUGCAAGUCGACCUGGGUCAAUGGAGGCUAAAGCCAAAGGAGUCAGCUCACCUGAGCUCGUGGUUUCAGGUUGUCCUGGGUCAAUGGAGGCCAAUCCCAGGGGAGCCAUCUCACUUGAGGCAUUGGCAUCAGGCCGCCCUGGUUCAAAGGCUAGCGAAGCAGCUGAGACCCAGAAGAGGAUGUCAAGGAGGGCAGCAGAGGGGAACGGGAGCAUGUCACCCAAGAUGGAAGGGUCAGCAAGAUCCCAGUCCUGCCCUGAAGAAAGAUUUGAGCAAACAUUCAACUGAAGGUCAAAGCAAAUUCUAUGCCCGAGACACGAACGCUAAUGAGAUCAAGGACAAACAUCUUGCUCAGCAUUUCAAGCCUUCUGGCCCUAUACUUUCUUCAGUUCUAGUCACCUUCAUCCCCAGGCUGGAGGUGUUUCCUUUCCCUCCAUCUAGUUGUAAAUCUCAACUUUUAAUCCUGUUUGUGAGCUAGAUUCUUUGCGAGUAGGAAAUCCCCCCCCGGAUAAGAGUGAGCCCAACCGACCCAGCAGUGACACAAUCGACUUCCCAGCCUGUUGAGCCCCAAGGUCGGGGCUCUCAGACCAAGACGCUGCCUCACAGGGACAUUCACCCAUAUGCACAAAUUGCUUUUCAACCUGAGCAUAGGAACAAAACCAGCCAGGGCUGAUGCCCAGGUUGGCAAGAGGGUGGUUGGUUCUGAAGGAGCCCAAGUGAUGCUGAUGAUUCGACAGUACCAUGUGGCCAGCGUGUGUGUUCAUGGUAAUCAACACAAAAAUAAAACUAAAAAACAAAAACAAAACAAAACAAAAUCUCCCACCAGUUUUCAUUUACCAUCAUUAGCAUCAGUGGCAGGCCAUGGGCUGACACUCACCAUCCACUCCCACAAGCGUUAGCACCGAGGGCCAUGGGCCAGCACACAACCUUCACUCCCACAAGGAUUAAUGCCAAGGGCCUUGAGCCGGCACUCACCCUCCAUCCACCAUGGCUCCUGACAGCAUGCUUGGUGCUGCAGCAUCAGAUCAUGCUAGAACACAGUAUGCCUUGCCUCUUGCUCUCCAUGGGUCACGUCUAGGUUCUAAUUGCAGGGGGGCUACAAUCUUCUCCAUUUCAGGCUGAUUAGCUGCAGCCCUGGGGCUCCGGGUGAGAUGCCUUUGCAGCCACUCGUGGACUCACCGAGUUUGAUAUGUUGAGCGCUUUCCUGUAGGGUUGGCUCUUCUUCUAGCACAGCUAAGAGCUUCACUCACCCCAGUAACAACAGCCAAUGGGGAGCAGUCUAGUCAUGGAGCAAACACAAAGCCAGUCACCAGGGGGGCUCUGUGCAGUUCUGACUCCGUCCCAAGGGGAUGCAGGCUGCAAUGCCUCAGUAUUGCACCAUCUGUAGCAUCACGUUUUCAGGCUGGCUCUUGUCUGCCCAGCAUGGGGGAGGGGGAGCCAGGCCUACCGCACUCAGCGCUGGCAGAAGAAUCAUCUUUGCGACGCAUGGGGGAUGCUUUCACUGCACUGUAGGUCCCCUGUGCUUGUCUAAAAUGCAGUGAUGAGCGGGGGGAGGGGGCUGGCAGGGGCUAGGGAACCCAACACCUCUCAGCAGCUGGUUUGAACCCAGCCCUGGAUCGGAGUGAGCCAGAGAGGGGAUGCAGUGCACAGAACAGCGAUCAGAUUGUGGGAGCAGGGGGCAUUCUGCAAUUCUUAACAGGCAUCAUCGAGCUCCCUAACAGCAGCCCCAGAGAGGCCCCAGCUUGAAUGGAGAUGGAGGCUGGGUGGAGCUCUCCAGGGCAAGGCCUGUGGGCCAAGGGAAGCAGGUCAGGCAGCACCUUUAUUAGCAUCAAUCUGCAUUACAGAAAAAUAACUUAUAAGAGUCAGGCUGGAGGGCAACAAGCCUCGGCUGUAACAUGCAUCACCUGGCCAAAGCCCUUAGCGCACCUGAUCCUGUCUGGCCCCACCUACAGCGAGGCUAUGGCAUACGCUCCCAGCUAGACAAUGCCACCACCGGGGCCCAGCAUUAGGCUCCUCCAUGCUCAUCCUGCCCUUCCACUCUGACUCGCCUCCCUUUGCUGGUUCCAGCCUGAAGAAGUUUGAUCAGCAGCAGCUGAGGAGCAUGGGUGCACAAGGGCACACAGGACUGGAUCCUCCCAAUCCCACCCUGGUAUGCCUUCCAUCAAAUAGAAGCCACACCCAGUGCCUCCUAGCGAGCCCAGAAUAACCUGCAGGAACUUAACCAGUUGGCCAGUGACAUCCACCCCACUCUCUUAAGAUGAGAUGCAAGCCUAGGUUUGAUUUUACAAGGCAGGUUUCAAAUGGACAGAAAAAUUGUAGGCAAAACACCAGAAAGGGCAUGAUGGAAACAUGGCUGCCCCGCUUUCUGCAACUGUAAAACCAGUGCCUGCCUCUGCUGCUUCUCCCCCAGAGUUACCAGUUCCUGGGCUGCCCUGAUUCCCCAGAACUCAGAGCAUGGCUUCCCAUCGCCCUGUCUGUAUUGAAGCCAACUCGGUGCCGGGAGCGUUUGUGAGAGGGUAAUUAGGCAUGGCAAAGUCCAAACUUAACAGUUGGCAUGUGCCAAACAACAACUGAUUAGAAAUCAAGAGGACUCCAAUUGAAAGUCAUUUUGGCAACUGCAGAAUAUAAUUGGUUAUAAACUGAAAUACAACAAUUUUCACGCUUUGGGAGAAGGUAACUCCUGCUGAGCUGCCAUCAGUGGAUGGCUGCAGAAUAGUGAUCUACAAAGGGGAUGGGAUUAAGUCUGUGUCCCCAUCCCCCCAACACACACACUUUCUGAUGGGGAGGGGAAGGCUGGAGUUUUUUUUUAAGAUAUUUGUCCCCGCUUGAUUUUUGAAUUUGGAGAUUCAGGUCUUCUCUGGGCUUGGAGACCUCUGUGGUGACUGAAGAACCAGUGAGGAUGACAACAUCGCAGAAGUGAAAGCUGAACACCUGGCAGGGGGAAGGGUUUAUUCAGACUGUUACACUCCUGUGUUUGCUUUUGCUGUUUUGUGUUUUGCAAUUUUGUAAUUGUAAACUAGGAAUCAUCAAGCAGGUGUUUCCAGUGGGAUCCCGCAGGGACCGGUUCUCUGCCCUAUGCUAUUUAACAUUUGUUUCAAUAACCUUGAAGAAAACAUCAAAUCAUCACUGAUAAAGUUUGCAGAUGAUACAAAAAUCGGGGGAGUGGUAAGUAAUGAAGAUGACAGGUCACUGACACAGCAAUCUGGAUACUUGGUAAAUCAGGCGGAAGCAAACAAUAUGCAUUUUAACAUGGCUAAAUGUAAACGUAUACAUCUAAGAACAAUGAAUGUCAGUCAUAUAUGCACAACGGGGGACUCUUUUCCUGGGAAGCA